AUGGACUUUGAUGACCUGGACCAGGAGGAAGAGGUCGCCAAACAGGAGGAGGACGUAAAGCGGAAAGAAGACGAGGAGAAACGUGCAGCUGAGAAGGAAAAGCUGGCUGCCGCCCGAAGAGAGGCUUCCGAGCGCAUCGCCGCCGAGCGCGCCGAAGCGGCGGCCGGAGCGGCGGCCGCCGCCGCACCUGCCGUGCCGAAUGGUACGAAAGCAAAUGGUGUGAAUGGUGCGAAUGGUGAAGCCGAGGACCUGGCACUGUGGGAAGUCAUCGGUGGAGUUGACAAAGGAGGCAUCAUGGUUCGAGAAGGUGAAAGCACCUCCUCCACACAGAAGACCGACCGGCUCUCUACCGGGGCUUUGGUCGAGGAGUUGGAACUCAAAGGAGAUCGGCUUCAUUACAAACUCAAGAAGGGCACCGGUCCGGAGGAAGGCUGGGUGAGCGUGAAGCUGACCGGCAAGGAUCUGCUGGUGCCCUGGGUCGAGAUCGGCGAGUUUGGGCCGAAAAGACGUCCUCCAAAGUGGAAGGUGGUGAAGCAGCCACAGAUUGAAUAUGCUCAGAUGAAAGAGAUUGCGAGCAAGAAUGAUCCAGGUGACUAUUAUGGCAUGAAGUUUCCAUACACAAAGGACAUGCUUGUCGAGAUGGGUCCUGAAUGGCUGACGCAGGCCUUCCACAAGAGUGGCGUGCUGCCACGAGACAACGCGGUCACCAAAAUCACGGACGCGAAGGAGUUCGUGGGCGGUGGUGCUGGCUUGAAAUGCACCUUUACAGUGGAGUACAAGAAGGACGAAGCCUAUUUGCACAAGAAACUCUUUGCCAAGCUGCCACACAAACCUGGCGGCUCCGACAGAUACUUUGUCUCGUGCAUGUGGAACCACGACAGGCCGGAGAUCGUGUUCAACAUUUUCUUGCAGGACUCCGUGCCCUUCCGAGUCCCCAAGUUCUACUUCGGAGACAUCAGUGCUACCACGACGAACUUCAUCUUGAUCACAGAGACGAUCGAUUGGGCAGAGGGAGGCAAGAAGGUCUUUUCCCCUGGAGAGAUCGAGCCAGCCUACGACAAAUACAAGGACUGGGAGUUGCCUGAUGGUGGCCCCAUGUAUUACAUGGCGUGUUGCCGCGCUUUGGGCAAGAUGGCUGGUUACCACAAACAGAAGCGUCUCCACAAAAGCAUUGAUGAGAUGUUUCCCAUGCCGGAUCCGAUUCCCGCCAUUCCUCCCCUUCCCUCAUUGGAUGCUUUGACCAAGAAGCAAAAUGCGGCCAAGAUCGAUCAGUUCCUCAGCUGGUCCAGUCUGAAUCGACUGGACGUGUGGGGUAAACAGCCCGAUACAGUGGGUGAGACGGCGAAAGCCGUCAUGCCGGACGAGAUCACAGAUCCAGCAUUCCUGCAGCAGUGGAAGGUUGAAAUCCAAGAUGUUGCAGAUGCUUGGAUCAAUGACAACUGGAGCUUAGACAUCGAAGAUCAGGAAAUGCCGGGGUCCUCGCCGAAGUCAUCCUUUUUGCAGCGAGAUGAGCAGAAUGAGGUGGAGGUUGGCCUCUUGGAUUGGGGUGUUCUCGCUUGUGGUCCCUUGAUCGGAGCGAUGCAAGGGGCGGACUCGGUCGCCGCUGCCGCGUUCGCGGCCACCUUCCAGUUCGCCGAGCAUGAGACCCGGGAGUGCUCCGCCGCCUGCUGUGGAGGCGCCCAGACCUGCAGCGAUGUCAUUGCGCUAUGGGGUAGCAGCCAGGAGCUACUGGCCGAGUUGGCACGUGCGAGGGGGCCUUUGCCGGUCGACCAGGAGUUCGGGGUGGCUGCAUUCUGGACGGUGGCUUCUGGCAGAGCUCACAGUACUCGGAUCAAGUUGCAGCAACUUAUCGAGGACUACCGGCGAUCCUGUACCUCCGUUGCUCCGGUUCCGUCCGGGACGGAUACCACGGUCCGCCCGCAGCGUGUUCAGAUCCGGCACCUGACUGCCACGGGCCAUGGCCCCGCAGCUCCUCCCUUGCGCACGGAUGGUCCCCAGGACCCCUAUGCCCACAAGGCGGACACCUUCCUCAUUUUCCGUUGCUCUCAGGGUCAGGUCUCGCUUGUGACCUCGACAGUGUUGUGGUGCACUCCAAUCGAUUCCUCCGGCUUGGCACUGCUGUUGAGUGCCAUUGCCAGCUCGGUCUUGGCCUUGAGAAAAGAGAUGCUGCUUUCGUAUGAGCCUGCCUUCAUGUUUCUUAUCCACCACGGCAAUGUCACGCAAGUGCUGAAGUUCACCAAAGCGGCCGAGUGGCAGGAGAUCAAGGAUUGGAUGGACCCCAGGCUUCUGGAUCGCUUCCAGACACGAGCGCACACCACUCAGUUCAAAGAGGCCUUGCAACUCUACCGCAAGUGGGACCUUUAUGGAGUUUUCCACAAGUGGAAGCGAGACAAUGGAUUGCCGAAGAAAUGA